CUCAUACUCAUUAGUUAUAGCUAUGGAUAAUUCCAGCUUCCAACGUCUUCUCACUCUCCUCCUGCUCCUAUUCCUGAUUGCACCCUCUUGGGCCCAACAAUCCUUCAGGCCCAAAGCCCUCGUUCUCAAAGUUAAGAAAGACGCAUCCACGCUCCAAUACGUAACUCAAAUCAACCAGAGAACCCCACUCGUCCCCAUCAACCUCCUCCUCGAUCUCGGAGGCCAAUUCCUCUGGGUCGACUGCGACGCCGGCUACACCUCCUCCACAUACCGCCCCGCACGCUGCCGCUCCGCCCAAUGCUCCCUCGCCGCCUCCACCGCCUGCGGCGACUGCUUCUCCGCGCCCAGGCCCGGGUGCAACAACAACACCUGCGGCCUCACACCGGACAACACCGUCACGCACACCGCCACCAGCGGGGAACUCGCCCAAGACGCUCUCACACUCCAAUCCACCAACGGCCUCAACCCAGGGCGAAACGUCUCCGUUUCACGCUUCCUAUUCACCUGCGCCCCCACCUUCCUGCUCCAAGGCCUGGCCAAGGGUGUCUCCGGCAUGGCCGGUCUCGGAAGAACUAAAAUCGCUCUCCCCUCGCAGUUGGCUUCCGCGUUUAGCUUCCCUAGGAAGUUCGCCGUUUGCCUCUCAUCCUCUUCAAACGGCGUCGCUUUCUUCGGCGACGGGCCUUACGUUCUUCUCCCCAACGUGGACGCUUCCGAGUUACUGACGUUCACGCCACUGUUUAUCAACCCCGUUAGCACCGCUUCCGCUUUCUCCCAAGGAGAUGCCUCAGCCGAGUAUUUCAUCGGCGUCAAAUCCAUCAGAGUCGACGACAAGGUUGUGCCGGUUAACACAACUUUGUUGUCCAUAGACAGUAACGGCGUUGGCGGGACCAAGAUUAGUAGCGUCGACCCUUACACGGUUUUGGAGGCUUCUCUCUAUAAAGCAGUGACGGAGGCUUUUAUCAACGCGGCGGCUGCGAGGAAUUUAACGAGGGUGGGUUCCGUGGCGCCCUUUGAAGUUUGCUUCAGCACUGAGAACAUGGGAAGCACGCGGCUUGGGGUGGCGGUGCCCAUCGUUGGGCUUGUGCUGCAGAACCAGGACACGGUUUGGUGGAUUUUUGGCGCCAACUCCAUGGUGAGUGUGAGUGAUGAGGUGCUCUGCCUUGGCUUUGUGAAUGGAGGUGAGAACCCCAGGACUUCCAUUGUCAUUGGAGGGUAUCAGCUUGAAGAUAAUCUCUUGCAGUUCGAUUUGGCAUCGUCUAGGUUGGGCUUUAGCUCUUUACUCUCUGGAAGCCGAACUACGUGCGCAAACUUCAACUUUACAUCCUCUACUUAGAAUACAACUUUCAAUAAUCUCAUUCUCAUUCACAAUAAAUAUGCCUCCUAUGGAAUUUAUGACUUGGAGUUUCAUGUAAACACGUAUUUUUAUUUUAUACUACUGCAGUGCAGUACUUCCUUCUGAUAUAUACACAAGUUUGAAUAGUUUAUUUUAUUUGAGACAAUUAAGGUAAAUAAAUACGUACUCCCUUAUUUUUUAUUG